GUGACCCCCAACAUCUCUGGGCAGCCUGUUCCAUGUACCCCAGCCCUUUGUUUCUGUCUGUGUCUGAGCACAUAUGAGGGUGUUGGUUCCAUCACUGCUCAGUGAACGUGGCAGUUGCUGAUCCCUCGGCGCUGAGCCUGGCUCUGAAGAUGCGUGGCGAGUCAGCCUGGGAGCACCAUGCACUGAGGCUGGACACCCAAAGAGCUCUAGUUUCUGAGAGGUGACACAAGGAAUAUCUGGAACUGAUCAGGAAAUGGAAAUAAAUUGGGGUUUGUUUCUCUAUGUGGUUGGAAAAAGGCCUACAGAAGGAAAAGAACACUGCAUCUUGAUUCAUUUGAAGCCUGCGCUGUGCUCACAGAUCUUUGCCCUCGGGUGCUUUCUGUUUUACUCGCUCUUUUUUGAAAAACAAUAGCAGGUGGAGCAGUUGUUUCGUGUUAUGAGGAUGUGACUGUGCGUCAUGGGUUAAACUGCUGCAGAGGAACAUCAGCCUCCUCCCCUCCAGCGCGGCUGUGGCAAGAUCAGAGCAACCACGAUCAACGCCCAAGAGGCAAGUUUGGAAGGAAGUGUAACAACGAAAACCAAACUUCCUGAGGCCGCACAACGCUGUACCUCCACCCAGCCCUGAGGCAGCUGUGGUUGGAAUGGAGCUUCUGUGCCCACGGGUUCCUGUUGUUAUAGGUUUAUAUGUCAGGAGUUCUUCGAGCAGGCUGCCAUGGCUGAAUGGCACCGAGCUGGGACAGGACCCAAAGCUGUUUCACCUCUAAGUCCCACAAUGUGAAGCCACAAAACAACAGAUCCGACUCUGCUGUGGAUCAAGGCGACAGACCUACCAAGGAGUGCAUGGCUCUCACCUCAUAGAAUCAUCCAGUCAUUAAAGUUGGAAGAGACAACUAAGAUCGUCAAGUCCAACCAUCCACCUCUUGCCUACGCACUCAUGUCUGAGCGGGUGUGAGAGCAGCUGGGAGCCUGGCACACUCUGCAGCCAGCGAUGAGGGACCAAGAGGGAGAUGCAGGGAUUUGCAUCCUACCCCCACUCCAGAGCUGACGUACGCUGUGGUGUUUUAAUGCAGAGCCCUCUCCAGAACAAGGGGUCCGAAUGCCUCUGGGCUACAGGGGAAGUUGUGAGCAUCUGUCAUGGGGUUUCUUAUGGGAUCUGCUCUAUGAGGAGAAAGUAGGAUGGAAAAUUAUAAUCCUCCACUUCUUGGUUGUUCUGUGCAUCAUUAUGCGCUAUGCUAAUUUCCCUACUCUAAUAACGUGUCCCUCAGGGCAACUUUUUGCAAGGCGGUGCAAUAAACAAGGCCACCAAAAUGACCCAAGCUGAAAAUACCUCUUCAUUCCCCUCAUUUGGAUGGAACUACAUUGAAUUCCUUGGCCCAGAACCACCUGCAGGGAUGCUGCUCGCUUGCAGACUGCUCUCCUGAAGCUGCCGGACAUCGCGCCAUCCCAGGACCACAACAGCUCCCGGUGGAUGGCACGGGAUGAAGGCAGCCACCCUCACCCAGCAGAACGGCUCUGCCUCCUUUGGUUUCUUUCUACUCCUGUGAAUUCAGCUGCUGUCAACUCACAAAGUCUUUUUAUGUUCCUUCAGAGCAUCACCAGCUUAGUGGACAAUGGGGCAACUCAAGCCCUGUUCCCAUCCUGCACAAGUGUUCUUGGUUGAAAAGAGCCAAAUUUGUGUUGGAAGUCCUUCUCCUUUCUCCCUUCCCGGUGGUGGUGGGGGAUAGUCCUGGCUCAAGGGGUAUUUCCAGGUUCUGAGGGACCUGCUCCACUCAGAGGUCAUUAACAGCUCCAGAUGGAGCACCAUGGACAUGGCCAAAGCGAGGCAGAGCCAGAGCACUGGCCGUGAAAAAUGCGUGUAACACGGAGAUGGACGGGAGCCGGUGUGCAGAGGGGAGCAGCGAUCUAACCCAGUGUCCCAGGGUUGGAGGUGGAGGCGCUGAGAGCAGAUGGCUCCGUGCUGGAACGGAGGAGCUGCAGGAGAAAUGCUUCAUGGGUAGAUCACAGCUUUAACCUCAGCUCUCUUUCAGCAGCUGAUGAUGAGGCGGAGCCUGUAUCUCUGCUCCUUGUUGGUCUGGGUGGUUUUCCAGAGACCAGCUGGGAAAGCAGGGUGACAGUGAUGGGUGUUUCGGGGGGUGCAACCAGCAAACAUCACCUGGAAUGGGAGGUUCCCAGCACAGCUCCUUCCUCACGCUGGGCUGCUGUCCAGCCUGGGGGGCACAGCGGAUCCCUGCGUCCUUUGUACCACUCUCCCUUCUUCCUCGUGCCCUCAUGCCUGCAGCACGGGGUGGGAGGCCAUCCCAUCUCCUCUGCAGUGGGUCGGAAGUUUGCAGUGCCCUGGUGCUGUCCUCCUGCCAGGGCAUGGGGAUGCUCUAGCUGCAUGUCUCAGUCCAGGCACGGGAGGAGUGCAGCAUGAAACCGCGACACAACAGGGGCUUGGAGCUUCGGCUGGCCACCCCAGCACGCACCUUGGCUCCCCAGCUCACAGCUAUGGGAUGAGUAGUUUGGGGGGACCAUGCAGCCCAUGGCCUCCCGAGGGCUGACAGGACCUGGGUGCACAGCGAGCCGGGGCGGAGCUGCACCUGGCACAGGUGAGCACACCCCGCAGCAGGAAAUGCCGCGAGGCGAGCACCUCGACACAACGGGGCUCCCAGCCCCCGCCACACCAGAGGAGCCCACGGUGAACAUCUUCCAGACACAGGAUCCUAUCACCCCUCAGCCUUGGGCAGAGCCCCCGGCCCCAGUGGGGGGCCCGGCCCCCAGCCCUCCCCGUGACACCUGGGCCGGGCAGCACACGUUCCUGCUCUCCUGCCUGGGCUACUGCGUGGGGCUGGGCAACGUCUGGCGCUUCCCCUACCUGUGCUACCGCAAUGGAGGAGGCGUCUUCCUCAUCCCCUACUUCCUCAUGCUGCUCCUGGUGGGGCUGCCACUCUUCCUGAUGGAGCUGAGCCUGGGGCAGUACGGGGCCGCGGGGCCCAUCACCGUCUGGAAGUGCUGCCCCAUCCUGCAAGGCGUUGGUGUGGGCAUGCUGGUCGUGUCCUCCCUGGUGUCCAUCUACUACAAUGUCAUCAUCGCUUGGGCUUUCUACUACCUGAGCUUCUCCUUCCAGAGCCCCCUGCCCUGGUCUUGCGAUGCCCCCCAGAACACAGAGCUCUGCCGGAACGCAUCAGGCAAUGCCACCCACACCAGUGCCAGUGAGGCUUUCUGGAACGAGCAGGUGCUGGGGGUGACACACAGCUCUGGCCUCGGGGACCCCGGCCCCGUGCAGUGGCCGCUUGCACUGUGCCUGCUGGGAGCCUGGCUCCUGGUCUUCCUCUGCAUGCUCGGGGGCAUCCGCAGCUCGGGCAAGGUGGUGUACGUCACGGCCACCUUCCCCUACCUGGUCCUCCUCAUCCUCAUCAUCCGCGGGGCCACGCUGCCCGGCUCCCUCCACGGCGUCCGCUUCUACCUCUCCUCGGACUGGAGCAAGCUGCUGAGCGCGCAGGUGUGGAGCGAUGCGGCCUCGCAGAUCUUCUACUCGCUGGGCAUCGGCUUCGGGGGGCUGAUCUCCAUGGCCUCCUACAACAAGUUUGACAACAAUGUCAUCCGGGACACCCUGGUCAUCGCCAUCGGGAACUGCUGCACCAGUUUCUUUGCUGGCUUCGCCAUCUUCUCGGUGCUGGGACACAUGGCCUUGAAGAAGGACGUCCCCGUGGGCAGCGUCGCUGAUUCUGGCCCCGGGCUGGCAUUCGUGGCGUACCCCGAAGCGCUCUCCCUGCUGCCCGGUUCCCCGUUCUGGUCCAUCCUUUUCUUCCUGAUGCUCUUCAUGCUGGGAGUGGACACUUUGUUCGGGAACAUUGAGGCCAUCACCACCGCCAUCCUGGACGAGUUCCCAGCCCUACGGGAAGGGGGGAAGAAGACGAUGCUCCUGGGUGUGCUCUGCUUCUCCUUCUACCUCCUGGGGCUCCUCCUCGUCACCCAGGGAGGCAUCUUCUGGUUCACGCUCAUUGACACCUACAGCACCGGCUUCGGGCUGAUCAUCAUCACCCUCCUCAUGUGCGUGGGCAUCGCCUUCUGCUACGGCAUCGAGCGGUUCUGCCAGGACAUCGUGACCAUGAUCUGCCGCUGCCCGCCCUGGUACAGCCGCGUGCUCGGCUACUUCAAGCUGUGCUGGGUCUUCCUCACCCCCUGCCUGCUGCUGUUCACGCUCAUCUACACGUUCCUGGAGAUGUACAGCGUUCCCCUGCGCUACGGCACCUACGAGUUCCCAGCGUGGGGCACCAGCCUGGGCAUCUGCAUGGGCGUCCUCAGCUGCGUGCAGGUCCCCAUCUGUGCCGCCGCGGCCCUGUGCCGCCAGACCGGGACCCUGAGCGACCGCUUCCACAAAGCCACGCAGCCCUUCCGCUCCUGGGGGACGGGCUCUGCCGGCGCCGCGGCCGAGGACAUCAUCGAGGUGCCCUUCACCAUCACCCUGACCGGCAGCGACUUCACCGCGCCGCCGCACAGCGAGAGCUGAGCCAGUGCCGGGACAGCGCCCAUGGUGACGGACCCCAGAGCGCGGUGAUCGCUGAUCCCAGCACGGAUUUUUAUCCUCUUUCCUGGAAACAUUUUAUGUGCUCCUGAAGACGCCUUCAAGGGGCUCUCCACGCGCAGGGCUCCAGCCCUUGGCUGGCCCGUGGGCAUCGUCUCAUCCGAGCGGUUUGGGGCGGCCGCGUGCACCCCUGCCCCGACCCAGUGGGGCCGGCAGAGUCCUGCCCACAGCAGCCGCCUCGUUGGGGCCCCGUGCAUGUCCUGAGCCCGGGACUAGGCGGCCCAGGGUGGGUGGGCCUGGAGCCUCGGGGGCUGUGGGCACACACCGAUGCAACGAGCUGUUUUCCAGCCCGCCGGCCCUAAGCGCUGCUGGACGGGUCAGGUGGGGAUGAGCCCACGUGGCAAAGCCUUCCUUGGAGGCUGCCCGGGCACCCCCGGGUGGUGUCCU